CUAAACAUAUAUCACAGAGUAAUACCAUGCCCCGCACACGGAGCCAGACCGUCGCGUUGAAAAACAAGGCCGCCUCGCUCGACCGUCUCCCCAUCGAACUCCAAACAAAAAUUAUCACCCACCUCAAAGAUAUUGACCCCAAAAGCCUUCUCGUUCUGGCGCGAGUGUCCAAAUCAUUGUACUACCAGUGCAUUGAUCACAUUUACUACGAAGUCAAGUUGAAACGCUCUAACCGAAAACAAUUUUUCAGGGGCCUCAACAGCGGCCGAUUUCUUCGAGAAGGAGAAUUCAAGCGUUGGUACAAAAAACCACACCAACAGCCCUUGUUCGGACAAAGCGUGAUUUUAAGACGCCUUCUCUUACUUGACAAAGUCCAUCGAAUUAUCAUUGCGGAUGGUCCUGCCUUGGAGAAAACCUUCGAUAUAGCUAUCAGUGCAGCUAUAAAACAUUCUUUUGUUUCCUAUUCAUUGUACCAGGACAUUGAACCGCAACCUCUGUUUCGAAACUUAGGUCAAGGCAAGAAAGGCCUGCCAUGUAUGAUAUGGAAGGAAGGUGCUAUGGAUCACUUUGACGAUUUGAUUCAAGACAGUUACCUCGAGGACUGGGAAUACGCGGAGCUACACGACGAAUCUGCGUCGGAAGGCAGUAACAACUUAGCGAGGGAAAGACUUGAUGAUUUGUAUGAUCUCAGUCUGUGCCAGCCCGGUACUCCCUUCUGUCUUCAUUUACCGGAUAGUUGGUGUCAUGACUCCCAAAAAUUUCUCGACGGCAUCUUCAAACGCAACGCUCUCAAAACCCUCGCAAUGCAUAAUGUUAAACUUUGUGACUGGAGGUUCGGUAAAUCCAGUGGGUAUUACACCCCGGAUGAAAUGCAUUUGUUCUUGCUAGCCCAAGGACUGCCGAAAGAUACCUAUGAACGACCGCUUCCUCAUCGUGAGGCCCUGGGUAAAUUCUUAUCCCAUUUCUCUCCGGAAGAUACACGCUGUAAGAUUCACAUCUACAAUUAUGCUCGCAAGGGUGCGGAAAGUGAAGAAGAUGUCAAACGGAAGGUUUUAAUGGUCUGCCGCCGUGAAUACGCAAGGAAAAGAGAAUUUAGUCUCCUUUAUGGGAAUGAAGAAGCAGACGAAGAACCGAGCGACGGGUGUCCUUUCCGGGGAGAGUUAGUGAUACAUUUUGAAAAGGCGGUCUGCAAAUUUUGUGGGUGUCAUUAGGUGCCCGUCGGAGCAAAUGAGGGAAAGAAAUAAUCAGCAGUUCUGAUUUUACUUAGGUUUGACGGCUAAUGGAAGUUAGCUAAGGCAUUCAAAAAAGAGCCCAGAGGGGGUCUCUUCUUUGCCACAAAUAGGGCAUUAACGAAGGAGAAAGGCUUGAAUCUUAUAUAUUAGAGGAGAUUGAUGGAGCUCUAGAUUCCACAGGGAUUUACAUGCGAAGGAUGGUUGAAGGGCUAAUCGUAUGCAACACAUCCACCGA